AGCCUGCACCAUGCACCAGAGCCUCCUCCGGGGGGCGCCGGUGGAGAUGGACGCCCGCAGCGUGGCGUCCGGGCUGGCGCCGCCGUCCGCAGGCCUGCUGCCCUUCCGGCUGUGUGAGCGUUUCGGGGCGGGCGUGGUGCUGGUGAGCGAGCAGCAGCUCCGGGCGGCCGUGGCCUCGCUGUUCAGCGCCGGCCGGCUGCCCUUCCGGCUGUGUGCGCGUUUCGGGGCGGGCGUGGUGCUGGUGAGCGAGCAGCAGCUCCGGGCGGCCGUGGCCUCGCUGUUCAGCGCCGGUCUGGUGGUCGAACCCUCGGGCGCCGCCGCCUUCGCCGCCAUCGCCAACGACAGGAUCCCCGAGCUGGAGGGAGGAGCGUGGUCUGCGUGCUCAGCGGAGGGAACGUCGGGAAGGAAGAACUCGCCCACUUCUGAAAACGCCCGAGAGGAGGGCCUAAAACUAGGAAAAACACCUCUUAAU